AUGGGAGGAAGCGGACUUGAAUCUAUGUGGGAGCUUGCUUACGCUAGUGAAUCCAUAAAGAAAAUGAUGGACGGGCACAAUUAUUCAAGAGCAGUCCGAGCACACAUUUUGACGUUUACAGCUUUAGGCAUCGUAAUUUGUGAUUCAAUCGAAGAAAAAGGCGAGAUCAAAGGGGUUAUCGCAUCAUUGAUGCGUGUCUGGCAGAAAAAUCCUCUCAAGCUAGGGGACAGUGACUCUGAUAAGGACCUGAAGAAAAUGUCUGAUUUGUUUUAUACAAAGUUGAAGCAAUUGAAAAAUAACGGCCCAACAGCCAAGUUGUGGGUGCAGUACAUUGAAGCCGUGCUUAUUGUCUUGCGUUUUAUUGAAGCAGAACGUCUUGGAAACUGGGACCUUCAUCUUGAUGGCGUUCGAAGAAUGUGGCCAUUGUUUCAUGCCGCGGGACAUUUUCAAUAUGCAAAAGCAGCUCAGAUUUAUAUGCAGGAUAUGGUACUUCUACAGGACAUCAUGGAUCCUCAAGAGUUUCACCAGUUUGCCACGCAGGGUUAUUUCACUAUCCACAGGUCGGAUAAGGCUUGGUCCGGAAUCUGGAGCGACAUGACAAUCGAGCAGACAUUGAAUAGGUUUUUUGGGACUGACUUGAAACACGGAAGAGGUGUUACGCGGAGUGUCGUGUCUCGAUAUUUGCUGGGGAUGCCUUGCGCCGUGCAUGUGAUGCAAGCAUUGGAAGAGUAUUGUAACCUGGAGACGAGAAACAGUGAGCAGCAUGUUGAUUUGGGCAAAGGACGAAAAGCAUGGGACGCAAAAGACAUUGCCUCAUUCGUUACUUGGUUGAAGGGGCAUGAACCAUUCAAAGUCCGCGAGGAAUUAAUUUCGCUGUCAACUGGAGUUGUUGGUGGUGUGGAAAUAAAUUGUCAUAUGGCUUUCGAGCGUGGCACACAAGCAAUGUGUCAUAUAGUUGGACGCACUUAUGAAAAGGUGUCGCUGUCAAAAUUGUACAAGAUCAAGAAUUUGGACUUUGCACGGACACAAUCUCAAAAAGCUAUGUCUUCCACUGUCACUGUUGAUACCUCUCUAUUAUUUCAACGUCUGUCUGUGGCUAUGCGUGGAAGGAAAGAGUUGAGUAAAUCUUGCUUCGACUACGAAAUGUCUCCUGUUCCACUUAGUUUGUUCGACGAGAAAGGAUCAAUGCGAAAGACCGACAAGUCACAGUUAUAUAAAAUGUUCACUACUACCCUAUCCUCACGAGCAUUUUUUGAAGAUUCUCAGUUUGUUGUAGACGGAGGAUGGUUGCUUCACAGCCUCGUCUGGCCUCAUAGUAAGACAUACCGUGCAAUCUUUGAUAUGUACAAGAACUUUCUUGUUCAGCGGUUUGGUCGGAGCGUCAUUAUUGUUUUCGACGGAUAUGAAGAUGAACAUAUAGGUGUCAAAUCAUACGAGCGAGACCGUAGACAAGAAAGAAAUUGUGGCGUGGACGUUGAAAUUGAACCAGACAAUCUCGUCCCAUUGAACCAAAGGACAUUUUUGUCCAACGUGAAAAACAAGGCUCAAUUUGUUUAUCACCUUGGUCAAACUCUUGCAACAUAUGAGGGAUUCAGUUUUACCGUGAUCCAUGCGAAAGAGGAUGCAGAUGUUGAGAUUGUGAGAACAGCUCUGAAGACUCAUAACGAAUUGUUUCGUCACGGGAAAUCACGAGUUAUAGUCGUCGGCUCGGAUGUUGAUCUCUUAAUAUUACUUAUUGGACUCACUCCAACCUCAGAGAGCAUGUACUAUUACAAGAUGGGCCAGGGGGGCAAGGCGAACCAAUUGUACGAUACUCGGGAUCACAAACAUUUGCAACCAUUUCUACUUUUUGCUCAUGCCUUUGCGGGCUGCGACACUACUAGCUGCUUUUUUGGGAAAGGGAAGAUGAAGCUGGUGAAGUUGCUGCUGCAGAACGACAGCAUUAGAGCGCUGGCGCUGAAGUUUUACGAGCCGGACUGCUUGGAAGACGAAUUGCUGCAAUGUGCAGAGACGAUUACUCUCGCACUAUACAAAGACAAAGAACAGUCUUCUUCUCUCGGGACUUUCAGAUACAAUUUGUUUUCUACAAACUUAGCAAAGGCAAAAAAGGAAACGCCCCUAGAAUGUCUGCCACCAACAUCUCCUGCCUUGCUUCAGCACUGUAAACGAGUGUACUAUCAAAUCCAGGUGUGGCUUCAGCAUAGAUUAGAUCCCUGCUUGUGGGGAUGGACAAGACAGGGUAAUAUUCUCAUUCCGAUCAUGUCUGAAGCAGAUCCCGCACCAAAAGAACUGUUACAAAAGGUUUCCUGUGGAUGCCAAGGGCCCUGCAAAUCGAAGCGAUGUAACUGCCGAAAAGCCGGUCUAAAGUGCAACCCUGCUUGCAAAGUAUGCCGCGGAAAAUCGUGCAACAACUCAAAGAGAUGGACUGCUACAGAACACCAUGAUAGCGAAACUCCGACUACUACAGAUGCAUGUGAGGAGGACGGUGGACAAACUACCGUAGAACCCGAUAAUGAGGACUUAACAGAAGAUGAUGAGACCUCAUCAAGCAGCCACGAUGCAACAACCGAUGACGAGGAAAUUAACGAAGGACUUUAA